UCACACGCUUUCCACGCGUCAUUCUCACCCGCCCACGGACUGGACCUGACAUAAUAUCCUAGUCAACAAUCUUCCUCCCCACGAGGGACACUUCGGUCUAGGAAUACUAUGUAUUGCCAUGUACUUGCUAUACCACGUCCAGUCCAGUCAUCAGACCCCGUUUCUCCUGGUUGCCUUCCCGCCUUCUGAGUACUGUACUGUAAUUCGUUAGGGUUUGCUAAAGGACCCGUGCCCGUGGUUACUGGUGAUGUGGCAGCUACAGUGCCACCAGCCAUGGCAGCAACAUACCCUCCAAUGGCCCACCUCGACCUCCAAUCCGUCCACCCCCGCCACCGCCAAUACUCAGCCUAGCCUGGCCAGCGUCGCAGGGCCGUCGCCGCCACUUAUUCCUACGCCGUCGCGGUCGUCGUCGCACAGGCAGUUACAUCGCCACGCGUCCCCAGGCGCUUGCCCUCAGCGAAAUGCGAGUCCGUCGCAGGCGCCGUGCUUCUUGUCGCAGGCGCCGUGUUUCCUGUCGCAGGCGUCGGGAAGUACCUCGGCGCUGCUGGCGGGCCAUAUGAAGAAGGUGCGCGGCUGGGUUGUGGAUAUCAAGUACCUGCAGCACGAGGCCCCCGUCCACUGGGACCCCAAGCUAGCCCCCGUUACUCCCGACAAGCGGCGGCAGCACGUGCGGGAACAGCAGCAGCAACAGCAGCAGCAGGCUUCGGCGGUGGAGGAUUCGUUGAAGGAGCCGGUGCUGGCGCCGCUGAACACGGAGCAGGACAUUCUCCUCGCGCACUACGUCCCCGUCUACGUCAUGCUGCCCCUCGACACCGUGACGCGCGACAACGUCCUUGCGCACACGGAGCGCCUGGUAUGCAACCUGCGCGCGCUGCGUGCGGCGGGCGUGGAUGGGGUGAUGGUGGACGUGUGGUGGGGGGUGGUCGAGUCCGCGGGCCCGCGGAAGUACGACUGGUCGGCGUACCACGCGCUGUUCUGCCACAUCAGCGCGGCGGGGCUGAAGAUCCAGGCCGUGAUGUCGUUCCACCAGUGCGGCGGCAACACGGGCGACAGCUGCUUCAUCCCGCUGCCGCACUGGGUGCUCGCCGAGGGCGACAAGUGCCCCGAUAUCUUCUUCACCAACCGCGACGGGCUGCGGAAUCGCGAGUAUCUGAGCUUUGGCGUGGAUGAUGAGCCCGUGCUGGCCGGCCGCACAGGCGUGCAGGUGUACACGGACUUCAUGCGGUCGUUCCGCGCGCACUUCCUGCACUUCCUGCACUCGGGCAUCGUGACGGAGGUGGAGGUGGGGCUGGGGCCUGCGGGCGAGCUGCGCUACCCCUCCUACCCCGAGACGCACGGCUGGCGCUUCCCAGGCAUCGGCGAGUUCCAGUGCUACGACAAGUUUCUGCUGGCGCAGCUGAGCUACGCGGCGCAGGAGGCGGGGCAGUACCAGUGGGGGUACUCGGGCCCGCACGACGCGGGGCGGUACAACGACUGGCCGCAGGCCACGGGGUUCUUUGGGCCGCACGGGUCCUUCGCCACGGACUACGGGCGCUUCUUCCUCGAGUGGUACUCGUCCGUGCUGCUGCGCCACGGGGACGCCAUUCUGGAGGCCGCCACGGACGUCUUUGUGGGGCUGCCCGUCAAGCUCGCUGCUAAGGUGGCGGGCGUGCACUGGUGGUACAACUCGCACAACCACGCGGCGGAGCUCGCAGCCGGGUACUACAACCUGCGGGAGCGCGACGGGUACCGCCCCAUCGCGCUGAUGCUGGCGCGCCACAGCGCCAUGCUCAACUUCACGUGCGCCGAGAUGCGCAAUCACGAGCAGUACUGGGAGGCGCGGUGCGGCCCUGAGGGCCUCGUGCAACAGGUGCUGGAUGCGGGGUGGCAGGAGGGCCUGGAAGUGGCGUGUGAGAACGCGCUGCCCCGCUACGACGUGGCAGCGUUCGACCAGAUCAUCCACAACGCAAGGCCCGACGGCAUCAACUGGAGCGGGCGGCCGUUGCGCCGCAUCUCCUCCUUCACCUUCCUGCGCCUAGGGCCUGACCUGCUGAGGGAGAGGAACUGGGCCGAAUUUGUGCGCUUCGUGCGCCGCAUGCACGUCGGCCUGGAUCGGCAUCCCGAGCCUGAGCAGUACUUCAACCCGCGCAAGCUGGUUCGGCGGUCACGGCCCAAGCAGGCAGUGCCCCAGGAUCCCCCGCCUGCGCCUGUGGCGUCCGUGCCGCUGCACUCGAGCUCGCUGCCCCUCUCCCCGCCCACUGCUGCUCAGCCCUUCUUCUCUCCAGACGCCCCUGGCGGUGGCCUGGGGGCGGAAAUGGAGGCACAGGGGCAGGGGCAAGGGCAGGGGCAGGGUAAGGGACAGGGGAAGGGACAGGUGGAGCAGGUUGGUUUGAAAGGGGAGCAGCAGCAGCAGCAGCAACAAAAACAACCACAACAGCAAUCACAGAUGCAACAAGGGCAAGGCUUGUGGUUCGGGCUCGGUAGAGGAAGAGAAAGCGGGGACGGGGAGGGGGAGGGGGUAGUAAGUCGGGGACAGGGUGUCAGAGAGAGGCCAGCGCAGUGUAGGGAAGGUGAGCCGGAGGACUGCUGCCAAGACAGCAGGACAGCAGCAGGGGCAGGGGCAGGGGCAGAGGCAGGGGCAGGGGCAGGGGGAGAAGGUGGGGACGGAGGAGGCAGAGAAAGUUUUAUGGCUGUGGGUGGGGCAGAGGGCAGAGACGGGACGGUUGGAGCAGCAGGGCUGCCUUGUGGGGGCUUGGGAAGGGAAUUCGGGGCGGGAGGGGGAGGGGGGGCGGCAGCAGGGGGUGAAGGUCCGGGGAUGGAAGGCAGAGGCGGCGAUUCGUCGCCCAUAGUGGCGGUGACAGAGGCGCUCUCUCUCGCCGCGCGCUGCCUUGUCACUCAGCUGAUACCGGGGCCCGCUAGAGCAGACGAGGCAGGGGAGCAAUUACAGGACUGCUCUCCCUUGCAGGGUAGCUCGCUAGGGGGAGGCAUGGCAGGCCAGCAGGAAUCGGGGGAGCAGCAACAAGAGCAACGAGAGCAACAGGCGCAACAAGAGAAGCAGGACCAGCAGCAGCAGUCGGGUGGUGUGGAUAGUGUAGAUGGUGCAGGAGGUGUGGACUAGGAGCUUCUGCUGUAGUUGACCUUCCAUUCUUUUUGCAGGAGGAGCAGCAGCAUCUUCCUCCCCUGCAAGUACCUAAUUGGGAGUGGGCUGGUAGUAAUCGGUUUGGUCUGCUGCUUUCGCCCUGGGUGCUGUUGUGACCACCUUGCGGUUAGCGCACAUUGUGCUCCUUCCUCGUUGCCUUGCUCCGCAUUUCACACGCUGCACGCGCGCCUGAGAGCCACGCAGUCCACCGAGCUCUGGCCCACAGGUGUAUGUUUCCCCCGUGUCACCCAAGCGCACAUGCUCAUGCACCGCCGUGCAUGUGCGCUCGCUCUCGCACGUGCAUCCAUGCGUGCACGAGGAGCGUUUUUCCCCUCCGCUAGGGCAUAACGUGACCGUUUUCGCUGGAUGGUAUGAGACUGCCUGAGAAAGGGAGUGAUUU